AUGAAGGCCGCCCAGUUUGACAUGACGAGCCAGAAGGUGGUGAUAAAUGACGUGCCGAUCCCUGAACCCAACCACGACCAAUUCCUCGUCAAGAUCAGAGCGGCAUCCCUGUGCCACUCGGAUUUGAUGGUGGACACCCGGCCGGCAUCGGGUGGGCCGUUCACCAUGGGCCACGAAGGGGUCGGUUACAUCGAGCGGAUGGGGCCUGGAGCCGAGAACAGAGGGUUCCAGGUGGGAGAUGCGGUCGGCUUUCUCUAUGUCAUUGGAUGCUGCUAUGAGUGUGAAGGCUGCUCGAUCCAAAAUGUAUUCUGCACCACCGGCAAGCCACUCUUCCAAGGCUUCAUGGCCGACGGCUUCUUCGCCGAGUAUGCCGUGGUGAACUGGCAAAACGCGGCCAAACUGCCCAGUAGUAUGGACAUCAGACGAUCUUCUCCGUUGUUUUGUGCUGGAAUCACAGCCUUCAAUACCAUCGACAGCUGCGAGCUGCAGCCCGGCCAGUGGCUCGCCGUCGUCGGCUGCGGUGGCCUCGGCCAGUUUGCCACUCAAUACGCCAAAGCCAUGGGAUAUAAAGUGGUGGGGAUCGACAUCAACGACAGUGUGCUGCAGGUCUGCAAGCGACUCGGGGCUGAUGCCGUCUUCAACUCGCGCACCGACGAGAACUAUGUCGAAGAACUGAAAGCGCUCACCAACGGCGGUGUGCAUACUGCCGCAGUCUUCAGUGGUUCCAAUGUUGCCUAUGCAGGCGCCCCGGCCAUCCUCCGAACCGGCGGUCUUCUGAUGCUGGUCGGUCUUCCACCGAAGCCGGUCGAGAUCUCGGCCCUGCCUUUCUGUUUGGGCGCAUAUAGGAUCAAGGGCGAGAGCAUCGGCACUCCGCGACGGAUGCAAAAGGCCAUCGAUUUCACCGCCAAGCACAACAUUGUUCCCGACGUCGAUUUCCGGGAUUUGGAUGAUCUCGAGUCGAUCGUUGAAGAUUUGAAACAGGGCAAAGUCACCACGCGGAUAGCCUUUCUCUUCUGA